CUACGGCAACGUUGGUGACGGUCCUGGACCAAGCAAUCCAAAAGGGAGGGGGGAAGGAAGAGAGCUGUGACGGCUGGUUCUAGAACAGUUGGUGAGUGGGUGCGUCGUCAGCGAGUACGGAUCGAGCUCUUCGCCUACGAGAUUCCCAUGGGCACGGUGAAGAAGCUCGCUGCGGUCGUCAGGGUGCACCUCGGGGACGGGACGGUGCGGGUGGAGGCCGGCGAGAGGCUCGAGUACGCGGCCACAUCACCCACUGCUUCUGCUGCUGCCCCGGGCUGGGAGACCUGGAGCGCACCGCCCGCUCUCGCGAUCCAAAAUCCCGGGAAGCGGUGGUACUUUGUCGGGGACGAUGACGUCGGCGACUGCGUGGAAGGACGGCGCAUCGGCGUAGAAUUGAACGACGGCGUGGUUGUUUUUCGGGAAGGGUUGUCCAUGCCGAAGGGAGAGCUCGUCCGCGUGGUGAACACGGCGCACGCCGUCCUGGCGGUGUGGGGGAUACCGAAGAGUAUUUCUACCUCCGCGAAAACUUCGUGCUGUCCGCUCGCGAGGAGGAGGUGUUGAUGGAGUGGGGCCUCGGGCGUCCGCUGUUCGCCAACUCUUUGCUCGCCGUUGGGGGCACGCUCCUGGUGUUUUUUGCCGAGAGCUUGUGGAGACCGGGGGUCGUCGGGACGCUCCUGGUGGCGGCGGCAGGCUACCGCGUCCAGGGCGCCCUGACCAAGGUGCUGAGGGUCAGGUCGGCCGACUGGUGGUUGCGCUGGAAUCGGUGGGACAGGCGGUGUUGACGUGGGGGUUUUCGUUGUACAGGAUGAUCCUGUGCGUGCAGCUCGGGGUGUGGGCAAGCGUCUGCGCGGGUAUGCUGGCUCUCGUGUGGCUGCUGUACGUGUUCGCGGGAUUUUUCGCCUGUUUUAUUGUCGGUGGUUUAGUGUGGUUGUUCCUCGUUGUGUGGAGUUCCGAGUUGUUUAAUUAUUUUGUUUCGCCUAUAUGUUGAUCAUGUUCAUGGGGGUUUUGAUGCUUCUCAUAUUUUGCCGGAGGAUUUUUCGUCCUGGGUAGACUAUAUGCUUUCUGUGUGCUCGUGAGCUUUGGGGUGGGGAUCUGGGCCGCGGUGGAGGGCUGGGACGAAGCAGACCUGAAGUUUUCGUGGCAAUCUCUGCAGCCCUGGGCGUGGCCGUUGUUUCGCGCCCCCGAUUCUUUUUCGACGGGUGUCCGGGUUAUCGGUCUUUGGAUCGGUAUGGUUGUGGCUUGUGGAUUCGUAGGGUACGUGGUGGUCGGGCU